AUGAACUCUGUCUGUCCUCAGUGGUCUUUUGUCUCUAACCACUCUGAAGAUGAAGACGGCCGAAUAAUAAUGUUUUGGAAAGCUCCCGCGGCUCUAACUCUUCUGCAUAAGUCAAGACAAGAAAUGACUUGUGAAGUUAUGUAUCCGGGACUAUCUACUUUCACAAUGACUGCUAUUUAUGCUGAUAAUACAGUUGAUGAAAGGAAGCUUCUGUGGAAUACCUUACUGGAUGUUAAAGCUAAUCUCUCACUUCACAACUCGCCUUGGAUCAUUGGGGGAGACUUUAAUGAGAUUAUCCCCUGUGCGGAACACUCCUCCCCUGCUUUCAACAGCAUCACUCCGCAGAUGAUUGAAUUGAAGGACUGUAUAGAUGAUCUUGAGGUCAGGGACCUCCGGUUCCACGGACCGCCAUUCACCUGGUCCAAUAAACAACCAGCUGAUCCUAUAUCCAAAAAAUUGGAUCGAGUAUUGAUCAAUGAAGAAUGGUUACACACCUUUCCAAACAGUCUGGCGCAUUUUAUGCCCCCAGAUUUCUCAGAUCACACUCCAAGCCUAGUUAAUAUGGAAGCUGCUCUCCCGGUAGCUGGUACUCGACCGUUCAAGUUCUUCAACUUUCUAACAGCUCAUCCGGAUUUUCUAGAUACAGUCUCUGAAGGCUGGGAAUUCUCGCAGCCUGAUACUUGGUCUCUUUCAAGCCUCAACAAGAAACAAAAGAUCCUUAAGAAGGUUCUAAAAAAGCUCCACAAGCAUAAUUACUCUGAAAUUCAAAAAAUAGUAGGAGAAUGCAACCAAAACCUCAAGGAUCUUCAGCUGGAAUCUCUAACCAAUCCAUCAGAGGCUUCUUUUCUAGCUGAGAAACUUUGUACUGAGAAAUUGCAUCACCUUAGACGAGUGGAAGAAGCCUACUUUCAUCAAAAAUCCAGAAUUCAGUGGCUUAAAGAGGGAGACCAAAACACAAGCUUCUAUCACAAAGUAGCGAUGGCAAGGAAUUACUUUAAUACAAUCCAUGAGCUUACCGAUAUCAAUGGAACAGCUGCAACUACUCCGGAGGCAGUGGGUCUUCUGGCUGUCCACCAUUUCGCUAGUGUGUAG